GACGGGCUCUGUUUUCAGCGGUAGACAGAUGGUGGGGGGCUCGCGCAGGGCGGCGUGUUGUUUCGCCGUCGCUGCCGGUGCUUGAUGUCGCGUUCCCUGCUCUUCGCUGCGUUGUGUGUGUGCGCGUGUGUGUGUGUGCGCGUGCGUGUGAGACGGGAGCCUACGUGCAAACUUGCUCGGGCAGCGGCGUGUGAGCGGCGCACAGACGGCGGCGGCGGAAGCGUAUCAGACUCCGUGAUCGAAAGAGCUGGUUCCGGGAGCGAGAGGCUCUUUUCCUCCGCCUCUCCUGCUCAUCAUCACGAAUUCAGCGCUUCCGUCCGAGUCAGCGCUCAUUUGGUGUCAUGUCGCUACCUUUGGACUGAGUGGUGGUGCAUAAUAAUCGAUCCCCGAGCUGUGAUGAGGCUGAUCUGGGUCCCACUCCAGGGUUUGACGCAGCCCGGGAGCAGGUUUCGUUUCAACACACAGAGGGCGUGGGUCUCUCUUGACAGGGAAGAGAAGACCUGUUUCCAGUCGCUUGGAUUGCCUAAUGAUGCGCCUAAAGCAGCGCGUGAAUCAUUGCUUUAUGCAACAGGGUGACUGCACGUUUGAAGGUGGUGAUCGGCAGGUAUUACACUCGAUGACUGCGUCUCUCUCUGUCCUCUCUCUUCCUUUCUCGCAGGCAGGUUUGGAGAGAGCCAUGGAUAAAAGUUUGCACAUCCUGCAGAAGUCCCCCGCCUGUGUGCCGAGUGGGAUUUCCCUGGAUGUCGGCCUGAGUAUGGACACGGAAACGGAAGAUUUCCACGAACAGCAAAUCGUGGGACUACAGGACAAAAUACCUCUGGUGAAACCCUACUUCAAAAAGAAGCCCAUUAAAUUGGACACCAAGUAUAUCCACCGCUCCCUGGGGGAUCCUAUCCUAACCACAUUGCUGAGCACGGUUGCUGUGGUUUCUGGGGAUGGAGUGUUUGUUCCCCGGAACCAGGCAGGAAGGACUCCAGGAAACCUGUGCACAGCUGCUGUGGUGAAACAAAACUGUAUCACUAAAGUAUGUCUGAAGGACUCUGUGGACAAUGCUAAGCCGGGGCCCGGAGUACCGGGGAUGAUGGCUCGGGACGGAGAUGUGGAGUUAACUGAUACUACUGCGGAGCUCGAGGAGACAGAGAGGAGAGGGAAGCCACCCAAGAUCGCCAGUCCUUCACCCGACGACCGCUGCUUUCAGGUGAAACCCAGCCUCGGGGCGGCUGGGAAUACAAUGACAAUAGUGUCUGCCAGCAGGGAUGUGCCUCCCCUAGUUGCACAGCAGCCUCCUCAGCAGGAGGGCACCAUCAAAAGCAAUGACCUUUUAAGCCCUGGGGCGAAAAGCCUGCCAGAGACAGACUGCACAAGUUCCCCAGUGCCACAGCCCAACAAAAGAGUGCUAUUUCAGGACAAAAGCGAGGAGGCUUCCUUGGACUUGGUGUUUGAGCUGCUCACCCAACUGCAGUAUCACACGCAUCAGGCGGACUCUGUAGACAUCUGUGUGGAUUUCCUCCAAGGACGGUGUGUUUAUGGCAACGACUGCGCCCACCACCACACGGUUCUGCCGUACCACUGGCAGAUCCGGAGGAGCAGUAGCCAGAAGUGGCAGAGCGUCGGUGACGAGUCCCAGGAGCAGUUGGAGAGACUGUACUGCAACCCAGACAAUGAGCAAGUCAGGCUCAAGUACCAGGGCAGGGUUUUUACCCUGGACUUCGGAGCGAUGCGAGUCUGCGACAUGGAUUUUGACAACAUACGACGACUGACCACGCCCCCCAGCCCUCAGGCCACGAGCAGCCCUAACCCCGCCCCCAGCUGUCACACUAUGUGGAAGUACUACUGCAGAGACAACUUUGGCUGGAGGGAAUACUCGGAGCCUGUGGUCAAGCUGAUCGAGGAGGCCAGCGCCCGGGGUCUGAAGGAGGUGCGAUUCAUUACGCUCCAGAACCAAUACAUCCUCAACAUCCGGGAAGGCUUCCAGCAGAACGCCGUUUUCGGCUUCCGGCGGCAGAUCAAGAAACGGCCCAUGUUUAUGUCGUCGGUGAUGCUGACGCCGCACCUUCAGACGCUGGGUGGCCUGUCUUUAUCGUCCCUCUCCUCCUCAUCCUCUUCCUCCUCAACGGACCUCUCCGCGUCGCAGCCGCUCUUGCCCGCGACCACCAACCCCCCGAACCUUUUUCCUGAGACGUGGUUGCCCAUGACGAUGAGCCAGGACUUCCUCCAGGUGCCAGUGUCUCGCGAGGACCGCAGCUACAGGACCGUCUACAGUCUGUUCCACAAAACCGUGUCAGAGACCAAGUUCAGGAUCAUCAAGAUCCUGCGCGUGCAAAACCCCUUCCUGUGGGAGAAGUACAAGAGGAAGAAGGAGUACAUGUCCCGGCGGAUGUCUGAGAUGGACCGGCUGCUGAGUGAGCGCCACCUCUUCCACGGCACCUCUGCCGACGUGGUGGAGGGCAUCUGCAAGCACAACUUCGACCCGCGCGUGUGCGGCAAGCACGCCACCAUGUUUGGCCAGGGAUCCUACUUCGCCCGCAAGGCCGUCUACUCGCACAACUUCUCCAAGCGCUCGACCAAAGGAGUGCACUGCAUGUUCCUGGCCAAAGUGCUGACUGGCAGGUUCACGGUGGGCAACCCCUCCAUGCGGCGGCCUCCUCCCAUCAACCCCUGCGACGCCUCCAGUGACCUGUACGACUCCUGCGUGGACAACUGGCUGGACCCGCAGAUCUACGUCAUCUUCAACGACGACCAGAGCUACCCGUACUUCAUCAUCAUGUACGAGGAGGUGCCCAGCACGGUGGCCGUCUGACCGCCUCGCUCCCGGCUCCUCUCUCCUCCACAUCCACUGCCUAAUGUGAAGCGGGCCCAGCGUUGGGCUGCGACGCGCCAGCUGACGUCACCUUACACUGAAUCAGAUUGUGAAGUUGUUGGCAACUACUGAGCGCUGCUGCUGCUGCUGCUGCUGCUGCUGUCAAACUGGAUUCAGCCAAACUGGACUGCGGAGCGGAGCUGGCCGCUGCUCUGUCGUGUGGCCAGGCGCCUCAACCCUCCUCUCAUCCACGCGGCUGUAGACGGACCACACCGAGGCAGAAAGCCACUCUGUAGCUAGCGUGACCGUCACCUCCGGCCCAUGUUGCUGCGGCAGGAAGCAGCGUCCCUCUCACCUGGCAGCCAGUCACAGGCCUCCACACACUCUCCCCACACCAAGCCUGCAGUGUUGCUUCACUACACGUCUAGUCACCCUUCCCACAGCCUGUCUGUGUGUUGUUGGAUCCAAGCGUUUCCUCCUCCUGUGGAGCCAGUGGAGGGAGGUGACCUCCUGGAGCAGGCUGGACGGCACCGCGAGCCUCCACAGCCGCCGCUUGGCUCCAACACGAGGAGUCCACAGCGAUGGUCUGGUUCGACAGCCUGAAAAUCGCCGCCACUCGCGGAGCCUUCUGUCGCAGAGAGGCGUUUGAGCGGCUCAGAACUGUACAGACCUUCUUUGUUUUCUAUUUGAACUGUGUGCCUUUUGUUCAUACAAAAAUGUUUAUUUAUGUUAGGUUAAUGUAACAUUGAUUCAAUAAAAAACGAGAACUUGCCUUGA